AUGGCCUCCUGUACCCUUGUCUCUGGUCUCCCCUGGUCUCUCCCUCCCCUCCCACCGGGGCCUGCCCCUACCUGCGUUCCUUGCGUCGAGGGACGGCAGCACGCCGCUCCUCACUCCACCGAGUUCCCUCCGACGGAGGCUCCCCUGCAGACUCUACACAUGGACGUGUGGGGCCCAGCCCGCGUCCGUGGACAGGGUCACGAGCGUUACUUUCUGCUGGUCGUUGACGACUACUCGCGUUACACUACAGUCUUCCCCUUGCGCCGCAAGGGUGAGGUCACUGAGGUGUUGAUCACCUGGAUCCGCGCUGCCCGUCGCCAGCUCAGCGAGAGUUUCGGCUCGGACCUUCCUGUUCUGCGUCUGCACUCAGACAGAGGUGGUGAGUUUUCCUCCGACCUUCUGCGGGCCUUCUGUCGUGCGGAGGGCAUCCGCCAGACGUUCACGCUUCCGGCCUCCCCACAGCAAAAUGGGAUUGCUGAGCGCCGCAUUGGCAUGGUCAUGGACGUCGCUCGUACGUCCAUGAUCCAUGCCGCUGCUCCCCAUUUUCUGUGGCCGUUCGCAGUUCAGUACGCUGCGCAUCAGAUCAACCUUCAGCCUCGUGUCUCCUUGCCGGAGACCACACCUACUCUGCGGUGGACGGGGAAGGUCGGCGAUGCGUCUGUGUUCCGUGUCUGGGGAUCUCGAGCUUUUGUCCGCGAUUCUUCCGCGGACAAGCUGUCCUCCCGUGCUGUUCCCUGCGUCUUCCUUGGCUUCCCCCCUGACGCGCCUGGGUGGCAGUUUUACCACCCCACCUCGCGUCGUGUUCUGUCCUCUCAGGACGUCACGUUUGACGAGUCGGUAUCUUACUACCGUCUCUUUCCCUACCGCACUGCCCCUCUCCCCCCCCCGCCGCUCUUCCUAGCACCAGCCUGUCGAGGUAGCUGUCGACUCUGGUGCUCUAGGGGUGCUGAGCCUGCGGGUGCGGGGCCUGGGGGUGCUGAGCCUGGGGUUGCUGAGUCUGAGGGUGCGGAGCUUGGGGGUGCUGAGCCUGAGCGUGCGGAGCCUGGGGGUGCUGAGACUGGGGGUGCUGAGUCUGGGGUUGCUGAGCCUGAGCGUGCUGAGCCUGGGGGUGCUGAGCCUGAGCGUGCUGAGUCUGGAGGUCCUCCGGGUGUCUUGUCACGGCAGGAGCCCCUCUCUCCACAGCAGCUGCGCGAGUGGUACGCUCGGCGCUGUAGCCGUGCUGCUGGAGCUAGGGGGCCUACCGCUGGAGGUGCUACUGGAGCUGUAGCUGCUAGAGGUACUGCUGGUGCUGGAGCUGCUGGAGGUGCUGGAGUCGCUGGUCCCGGAGGUGCUCGUACUGGAGGUACCGGAGCUGUUGGAGCUGGAGCUGCUGGAGGUACUGCUAGUGCUGGAGCUACUGGAGGUGCUGGAGUCGCUGGUCCCGGAGGUGCUCGUACUGGAAGUACUGGAGCUGCUGGAGGUGGAGCUGCUGGAGGUACUGCUGGUGCUGGAGCUGCUGGAGGUGCUGGAGCCGCUGGUCCCGGAGGUGCUCGUACUGGAGGUACUGGAGCUGCUGGAGCUGGUGGUGCUGCAGGAGUUGGAGCUGUUGCUGCUGGAGGUGCUGCUGGUGCUGGAGCUGGUGGUGCUGAGGGAGUUGGAGCUGGAGACCCUGGCGCUGGGGGUACUGGUACUGUCUCUGCUGGUUCAGGAGGCGCUGCGCGGCCGCGGCCGUACUUCGUUCCCCUCCUUCAGCAGGUUCUUGGUCUCCCGCCUUCUACUGGUCCUACUCCUCCGUUACUGUGUCCACAGCCUGUCCAGUGGCAGUCGCAGUUACAGCUAGCCUCUCCACUGCCUGGUCCUUCUCCUUACUCUAGGCCAACUAGGGGUCUUACGGAGCGUCGUGAGCCUGACUCUCGUCCUGUGUUGCCUGAGUCUCGUCCUGGGUCACUUGAGUCUCGUCCUGCGUCGCAUGUUCGCGCUGUUCACACUGGUCGUCGUGUUUCGCGUCAGCGUCCUCCUGCUGUCCCAGGCACGCACCAGAUGGCACUUCGUCCUUCCACUGCUCCACAGCGUGUCCCUCUGCCGUCUCCUCCUGCGUCCUCUCUUCCUGACGUUGCUGACCCGCCGUCAGACCUUGCUUGUGCUGCCAGUCCUACUGUCACGCGUCUUCUCGCUACUGUUGUCAGUGACCCUUCGUUUGAGUCCACUGCUGCGUCUGCCCUAGUUGCUGAGCUUGUUGACUUUGCUACCGCCUGUCGUCUAGACUACGCUGCUAGUCUUGUUGCUGAGUCUGAGUCUGUCUGUCCUCCGUCCGUCGGGGGUGAGUGUGCUCUUGGCACGGACGUCGUUGAGGACAGGCACGAGGACUUUGAGUGCUUUGCAGCUGCUGUACCUCAUCUCGUGUCCAUGCUGAUUGCACCUGAGGGAGACCCGGAUGCACCAGACAUCCCGACCCCGCGCUCUUACGCAGAGGCGAUUGAGGGUCCGUACUCCUCUCAGUGGCAGACAGCCAUGGACGCAGAGAUGGCAUCCUGGAAGUCCACAGGCACUUACGUUGACGAGGUUCCCCCACCUGGGGCGAACAUCGUCAGUGGCAUGUGGAUUUUCAGGGUGAAGCGGCCGCCGGGUUCUCCGCCUGUCUUCAAGGCGCGUUACGUUGCACGUGGCUUCAGUCAGCGACAGGGAGUUGACUUCUUCCAGACCUUCUCCCCCACCCCGAAGAUGACUACUCUUUGGGUUCUGCUGCACGUCGCCGCUCAGAGUGACUACGAGCUUCACUCUCUUGACUUCAGCACUGCUUUCUUACAGGGCAGCCUGCACGAGGAGAUCUGGCUGCGCCGCCCACCGGGCUUCACUGGGUCGUUUCCUGCAGGUACCCAGUGGAGCCUCCGGCGGCCAGUCUACGGUCUUCGCCAGGCGCCUCGCGAGUGGCACGACACACUGAGGACGACGCUUGCGGCUCUUGGGUUUGCUCCUUCAACUGCUGACCCGUCGCUGUUUCUACGCACCGACACUUCUCUGCCGCCGUUCUACAUCCUCGUGUACGUCGACGACUUGGUCUUUGCCACUGCUGACACUGCUGGACUGGCCUUUGUGAAGUCGGAGCUGCAGAAGAGACACACGUGCACAGACCUGGGUGGGCUGCGCAGCUAUCUUGGCUUGCAGAUCACCCGGGACAGAGCACGGCGCACCAUUACCUUGACUCAGUCACACAUGGUGCAGCAGGUCCUUCAGCGCUUCGGCUUCGAGUACUCCUCGCCACAGGCCACUCCUCUGCCUACCGGUCACUCGCUCUCAGCUCUGCCUUCAGAUGAGUCCGUAGAGCCGAGUGGCCCGUAUCGAGAGCUUGUGGGCUGCCUCAUGUACCUGAUGACCUGCACUCGACCUGACCUCGCUUACCCUCUUUGCAUCCUGGCUCGCUACGUUGCGCCCGGGAGACACCGACCAGAGCACUGGAAGGCCACUAAGAGGGUGAUGCGCUACUUGUGCAGUACAUCGGGCAUGGGGCUCGUGCUUGGAGGACGGGCUCGAGUUGUCCUCACCGGUCACGCAGACGCUUCUUGGGUUGACGACUUGGCUACGCAGCGGUCGUCACAGGGUUACACCUUCAGCCUUGGCUCCGGCUCUGUUUCGUGGCGGUCUACCCGCUCGUCUUCUGUUCUCAGCUCCAGUUGUGAGGCUGAGAUCUACGCAGGGGCCAUGGCUGCACAGGAGUUACGCUGGCUCACCUACCUGCUGAACGACUUGGGCGAGCCGCCUCGUUCUCCUCCAGUUCUGUACGUCGACAACAAGGCCAUGAUUGCCUUGUGUCAGGAGCACAGACUGGAGCAGAGAACGAAGCACAUCGCUCUGCGCUACUUCCUUGCUCGAGAGCUGCAGCAGCGUGGUCAGCUUCGUCUUGUCUACGUGGCCUCUCAGGCCAACACAGCUGAUGUCUUCACCAAGGCACUCCAGCCUUGUGAUCAUCAGCGUUUCUGUACUGUUCUAGGCCUUGUGCCUACUUGGCCUCACUUGCUCACUUCUUGA